CUAGUUUCCACUUGUUUCUUUUUGGUCGUGGAACAAGCGUUCAGACGAAAGUCACAGUUGACGGCUACCACGACACAGCGACAGCCGUAUCCAGCAGAAUCAAAUCAAGUCAUGCUGCACACAAGGACCACAGCCCCGCUUCCUGCCGUAGGGCCAGGGGCAACUGCAAUGCCGGCGCCAAUUUCGUCCACCCCGCCUCCCGCUGCUUCAAGCACGACCAGCCCGUUGAAUUUGGAGAAAUUACGGAACCAAUUGCAGAACCUAUUGCAGGACGAUUUGAUGCUCGAAUUUCUUUGCGAGCAGGCCUUCGAAAACUUGCUGUCGUCCCAGCACCACACGGACCAGCAGGAUUUCCUGACGCUACCGCAAAUCGCUCCACUGAUCGAAAACUUGCUGAAGGCCCAAGGCAAGGAAGCGAGCUACCGGCAGGUGUACGAGAUUUGGACCUCCAGUUUACAACUGGAUGCCGGAGCUUCUUCUACUACUUCCUCGGGAGCUUCUGGAGGUCAGAAACAACCCCUACAAAACACGCAUUCCAUGCGCUUUCCCUGCUUUUUCCAGUUCGUCGUGAAGACCCUGAAGCAGCUGGAGCAGGAAAUCAUUUUGGAGUGUGAAAGUCGGAAAUCCCGGCUCCUCUCUGGUGCAGAUGUUGGGGAAAUGAGAAUGGACAACUACGUAGACGAAGCUGAAGAUUUCCCGGUCGAGAACGUCAACAAGUCCUCCGAUCACGACGAUGUGGAGAUGCUACAGGAAGGUCUCGUCUCUGAAGAACCGAUCCGCCACAGUAGGAAAAUUACCGGGAACAACAUGCGGUCGGCCACCACGACGACCAGAAAUAAUGGUGCAUCAAAUCAUGCUGUCAACAAGAACAAUAAUUUCGACUUGGAAUCGCUCACUUCCGAAAUCAGCUUACGCGUUUCGGCUUCUCGCUUGGAGCGACACAAGGCGCAGCAACAGAAGCUGAAGAUGGCCCACCUGGCGCAGCCGAAGAGUGCGAAGCUGAAGUCGAGCUACGUUCUUGGGGGUGGAGCCGGAGAUGUGAUGGAAACCGGAAGUUUUGCGAAAGGAAGAGACUCAAAUUUUUCGUUGCGCAACAACAAAGCAACACGCGAGCGGAGUUACAGCCGCGAGCGGUCCUCGCUUGCGACAGUGCAGAUGAACAGUAAAGCGGCCACACCAGCCGCCGAGCAGCUCGAGGAGAGUCCUCGAGGAGGGAAUAAGCCGCGACACUCUGCCACCUUCACGGGCGCCACGACUUCGCCGGGAGGUUCCUCCGGUGCGCACUUGCUGAAGAGCGGAGGCACGCCAGGGAGCAGAAGAGGCAGCAACACGCGUCCUAGUGCUGCUUCGUCGUCGAUUAGAGUGCCGAGAAGUAGAGGAAAUAGCGGUGAGAAUUUCAACGUGCAUGAAAUUGACAAAACAGGAGCUGCACACCACCGGCUGUCGUCGACAAAUCAUCAGCGGCAAACGCCGUCAUUCGACAGCUCUACUGGUGGUGGCGAACAUCAAGGGGGGAAGACUAAUAUGGACCAGGGUUCUUGUAUUCCCGCAAAACAUUCGUACGCCGACGACGGGAGCCAGCUGGUGGCAACUGUGGACCGCGUGGAUGAGCUGUUGGCGCCGGCGGAUAAGGCACACGGGAACAAGACCAGCGGCACUGCUGGACAGGAGACAAGUGCCACGCUCGGACAGGCACACGAAGUGCAGCCGGAUAUGCACGGAGAAGAGCCGCACCUUCCACCCCCGCCCCCGCCCGAGCCACCGGUCGCGACGAUUUUGGGCGGACGGGUGGAGAUCAGGCACGCACUGGGCACGGAGGAGUUUCAGCGAUGCUUGCAGGAAACUAAGAGCUGUUUGGUCAGCGCAGAAGGUGCCGGACUACUACUGGAUCCAGCAUCACCGCCACACGCGACUGUUUUUGCUUCGGAGGCCGAGGUUCAAGCGCUGUUGUCGAAACUCAAGGAAAAGGCAGCGGCGUUGCAGGAUCUCCAAAAGUCCUCUCUCGAUGAAGCUGCAGAAGGUCGUGUUUGUGCUUGGUACAGUUUCUGCGACCCGGACAUCGACGUCGUGGAGAGUAUCAACGGCGCCGGGCUCGUGAAUGCCAGCAACUCCGGUGCGGUGAAUGCGGUGCGGUGGCGGCGAGCGGACUUCGGGGUCGGGGAGAAGGGUGUGGAAGAACUGAAAGGUGGUGACAGCCAGGAGCAGAUGCUUGCCGUGGCUGCGAGCACCACGACAACCACUGCCACUACCCGCAUCAACCCGAGCAAGAUGAUCGGCGACAGCUGGCUGACCGGGGCCAUGGGCUUGGCAAUGCUUGCAGGAGAAAAAGGCUCUACGCCCUCGUCUGCCCCCUCGACAGCUUCGAAAUCCGCCUUGUCGCAGAAGAAGAGCGCGACCAGUGCCACACCUUUUCAAUACGCUUUUGUGAAAAUAAUCCUGAGCCAGAACGUAAAGUCAAAAGAAGCAACGACACGACAUGGAUCACAUGGAAAUUCUCCUCCUUUGUGUCUUUCUACAAAAGAUCCGUGUCAACAUGUGUAUAUCGUGUUUCCAGUGCAUUUCUUGUAUUGUUUUGGCUCUAACGUUGGCAGCUCAGGAGUUAUUUUGCAUUUGUACAUCCAGCUUCACUUGUCCGAUUUUUCGCUUGGUGUCUUUACUUUCAAGUUCUUCAAAGACGGAUGUGAGAAAUUUGUGAUCGUCGAUCAGUUCUGCCCGUGGUACGGUAUCAAGUGCAAAAAUGUCUGGGUCUGGAAGGAUGUAACUUGUGAUGCGCAUUUCAGAACACACAAAAAUCUCUCAUGCAUAGGUAGCAAAAGCUGCUCACUUUCUGUCACCAAAGUGGGGGAUUUGUCAUGCGGGUUCGGCAUUGCGAAAGCUUCUCGAAACCUGUGAUGCUAGAGCUUCCAUGCCAGACCUUCUGCGUCAUGCAGAAACAGCAUGACUCUUCCAGACCCAGACACUUUUGCACUCGAUAUGCGGAAAGGCAGCAGAACCGAGCCCCGCUUCGAACGGCGAAUGGUGGGCACCCUGGGGGGCCAGCUGCAAGGCGAGCGAGCACGAGACAGGUGCACGUUUGUUGAUGUGGUGUUCGCGUUGGUAGCCGCUGCUGCUGCUGCUUGCAGAAAAGAUAUUAGCGCAUCAGCAAGCAGAAUCACCUAAAGUAAAAGAUGUCAUCCCGAAAAUUCUCACCAGGUGGUCCGGCAUCGGCGAACCCUACCACCUCCUUGAUAAUGCUUUGGGAAAAAGCCUACGCGAAGCUCUUCGGGCGCUCCUAUGCGCGGCUCUCCUCCGGUUUUCCCGACGAGGCACUCACGGAUUUCACCGGAUUCCCCGUCCAGAAGCACACGCUGACGAAGCUGACUCCGGCAAGCUGUUGGAACGAAUUUUCGCAGUACACGACCGCACCCAACGAGGACAGUGACCACUUCCCCUUCACUGUUGGCUGUUUGAAGGCGGAAAGCACGGCGGCAGCAGCGACCACCGUGUCUCAGAAGAAGCUCAACUCACUUCUGCAGUCGACCGACCACAGCGGUUCCUCGGCCGCCGGGGGUGCAUCUUCCUCCGCGUCAACCAACGCGCGCUUCAUCCACGUCGAUGGCGAACGGUUUGGGUUGAACAAAACUGCUGGAACGGUUUUGUACAAUACAGGGUUUGUGCGGAACCAAAUGUAUGCGGUGAAGGAGUUUUUUGUCACCGAGCAAAGUAGCAGCUCGAACAGUCGGCAGGAACAGAAGAAAUUUGUGCGGAUCCAAAACCUGUGCGCGGACAGCAUUUUCGAGAACGCCUCGCCGGCCUGGAGAGUCGCAAAGUAUUCCCAGGUGAAGACGAUGCACAGCACGAGCAAUGGUCGGGGCGGGCGGACCGUCAAAGCCGGUCGAGCGGGGGACCAGACGGGCGAAGAUUGGAACGAGACGCUCGUGAUGCCCUUCGAAGUCUGGCACCAACUGUUUUCGACGGCGUUUCUGUUGCUGAAUCGGGAACUGAAAUUUUUCAGGAGCCUCCCUAUGAAAUUGACAGAAAAGUUACUGGAUAGCGGGCGGGGUAUCACUUGCCUCUCAUGUGUACAGUCACCGGAAGCACGGAGUUUCGACUUUGUACGUUUCAUGCAAUCUGCGAGAUGCUUGAGCUUGUUGAGUUGUGUUCGUUUGUCAACAGAAUGAACAUGGGAAGUGAGUAAAGUAUGCCGCGCCUGCCUCUUUCUGUACGAUACUGCACAGCGAAUGGACAAAGGAAAACUGUGGCGGUAAGUACGUGGCAUUUAUUUCACCGGUUUCGGGUUACUUUUCACGCGACCUACAUGAUUGCAAUUUCAAAUGAGAUGCGCAUGGCAAUCAAUCAAAAAGGGACUAAAACAGGCACCCCGAUUCCCGUCAAGAGACCCAUUUAUGGAACGACGGAAACCUGGGCGAAGAGUAUCCCCGACGGAAUUUAUCGCUCUACUACCGUUUAUUUUGUAUCGCCGUUAUUGCAUUAGUUUUUGGAAAUGGCCAGGCACGGUGAGAUCAUCAUAAUGAGCGACGCGAGGAGAUUUUGCAUGCCAACAUGCAAAUCGAAAUCUCAUGCUGGUUUUACGUCCUUGCGCUCGCCAUGCCCACAACGCGCAUAAGAUACAAAAGCAAGCCAGUGCAGGUUUUUUUUUCCCUGUCACACCUCACCCCCAGUAUGCAAUCACGACCGGGACCGCGACACCUACUUCUGUCGCCUACGGUGAAGGACAGCAGGCAGCCGCGCCAUGCUUGGAUCUUCUCGUUUUGCUUCAACAGGAAGAUCCCCGACUCUCUCCCGACGCAAAGUUUCCGUUUCCCGACGAGCUGGAAGAAAUUUUCCUGUGCGUGAUGAAGCAGCAAGACGGGGAGGGAAGUGGUACUCUAUUCGUAUUUUUCUGUUCCGAUAAACAAGGUCAUGGUGCAAGAAAGCUGGCGCAUUAAGAAGUCAGGUCCAUGAAAAAUAACGAAAACGAAACGAGCCGUAGGCUUGCAAGGUUUCUGAAAUGGUGAUCCUUGAGUGCGGAAAAGUGUGAAUCAUCAUACAAAUAAAAAAAUCGCUCAUCAGGCCGCCUCACCAUCUUCGACAAGCAGUACGCUCGGAAGGUUCUGAGCCAAGUCAAUUUGUUCAUCCCCAUCCGUAACUCUUAGUUUAGUCCUGCUCCUGCCGCACAGGUUCACCCACCAUAUGCAGUAAAUAUGUCUGCACCUCCGACGAGGA